AUGUCUUCCCUCAACACUGAGGAUACCCCGCAAGAGCCCUCGCCCUCGCCUUCAAGCUCCAAGAAGAAAAAGAAGAAAAGAAAGUGGCCACGGCAAGAGGCCAGCAUCCAAGCCCUCACCAGGGCUGGCCACAGGGCCCUUUUGGCUGGUCAGAAUCACGAGGCCUUGACCAGCUUCCAGAGGGCCUUCCUCCUGGCUUCCAAGUCACCACAAACCAGGGAUACCCCUGUUCUCCGGGCCUGUGCCUUCAACCUGGGGGCUGCCUACGUGGAGACUGGGGACCCAGCCAGAGGGCUUGAGCUGCUCCUACGAGCUCAACCUCAAGAGACAGUCCAGGGCGGGUGUCAUGGCGACCAGUGUUUCAACGUGGCUUUGGCUUACCACGCCCUGGGCGACCUGCCUCAGGCUUUGGCCUGGUAUCACAAGGCCCUGGGCCACUACCAGCCACUAGGUGACCAUGGGCAAGCCCAGGCAAAAAUGGGAGCCUGCUACCAGGCUCUGGGACAACCUGAGCUAGCAGCCCACUGCCUGCAGGAAGCGAGCCGGGCCUAUGCCCAAGCAGGGCAGCCCGGGGCUGCAGCCCUGGCACUGGGGGCUGCAGCGGGCUGUAUGCUGAAGAGCGGGCAGCAUGGGGUGGGUGAUGUGGUGCAGGUGCUGGAGGAGAGCCGGAGGCUUGCUGAGAGGAGCACUGAGCGAGGACUGCUGGGGCGACUCUAUAACGACCUAGGCCUGGGCUAUUCCCAGCUCCAGCUGUUCCCGCUAGCAGCAGAGGCCUUCCGGCAAGCCCUGCCCCUGUGCCGGGGGCCAGGAGAGGAGGCCACGGUGCUAAGAAACCUUGGGAUGGCCCACAAUGCCCUCGGCAACUAUCAGGAAGCCCGGGAGUUUCACCAGAAGGCUGCCGACACGCACGGCUCUGUGGGGCAGCGGUGGGAGCAGGGCCGGAGCUUUGGAAGCCUGGCAUUUGCACUGAGCCAGCUGGGAGACCACAAGGCUGCCAGAGACAACUAUCUACAUGCUCUGCAGGCUGCCCGGGACACUGGGGACGUGAAGGGGCAAUGGCAGGCCUGUGAGGGUCUGGGGGCUGCUGCAGCCAGACUGGGGCAGCAUGACCAGGCUUUGAAGUACUAUAAGGAAGCGCUGGCCCGGUGUCAGAAGGAGCCAGAUUCUGUGCGAGAGCGGCUGGUGGCCAAGUUGACAGACGCCAUAAGGACCCACUUGGCCCGGGGUGGGCUGCUCCCGACCCACACCCUGACCUCAGCUCCAGGGGGGCCCCAGGCUCCAGGUGGGGCCUGCCCCGUGGUGGGGACCCCAGCCAGGGUGGGAAAAGGCACAGCAGGAGUGCGGCACAGAUCUUCCGAUAGGUGGGAAGAUGAGUUAGAGGAGGGCCACGAGGGGAAAGAGGAAGAGUUGGCGAAUGUUCUCAUGACGUCUUGGGCACCAAGACUGGAGCGUCCAAGACCCAGGGCCCAUCUCUCAUUUGGAGGCCAAGGCCCCCUCAGAAUGGAGAACCCUGGCCUUCUGGUCACCAACGGCCCCCACAGCAAGAGCAAUCUGAACAACCCUCACCCGGCUCUGGAGGCCCAGGGUGUCCCCUGCCUCCUGCACAGCCUGAGUGUAGGCCUCAGCGAAAGGGAGAGUUCUGCUGAACUGGGGGACAGGCGGCUUAAGCCUACUCCCUCCUGCCCUGGAGCCUGCGAGCAGAGGUCAUCCAAACAGCCCAGGGAAACCCCCAGCAGGAACCCUCAGAGGAGAUCCACUGAGUCUGGCUUCUGCAUGAUCAUGUGACCCUCCCCUGCUAGCCACAGCAUGGCCCCUGCAGUACCUCCUCAACAUACACACUUCAGGGGCUUCUGGGGCUGAGCCCCUUCCCAGUCAUUCCCAAUGAGCACUGUAUGGACACAGAAUACAAUGUCAGAAAGUGGGCUCCGGAGCAGGCUGGACAAGGGCUUUGCAGUCUCAGCACUGAGGCGGUCUGUGUGCUCCUCAUUGGGAUUUUUGGA